AACUGGGUAGGUAGAUCGCAUGGGUGCAUGGUGCAUAGAGUAGAUGGUGCAUGCACAGCCUCGGAGCCCGCAUAGGUAUAUAUUCCAGCCCUCCCCCACCGUCCUAUGCAGCCGCCAUCCAUAACAACAUUGAACGAAAAACCAUCAUCAAAUCGCGUAACAAUCGCCAAGUAGCACUCUAGUCCUAUUCACCAUGUCGGAGUCGUCAGUCGCAGAGCAGGAUCCGGUCAUCCUGAGCCUUCAGACCGCGAGGGAACUCCGUCUCUGGAUGGCCUCACGAAACCUCCAAAACGAGGAGACCGUUCCCGUCUCCGUUAUCCAAGCUGCCAUCAUGGAGUCUGAGAGUUCGCACCACGGGUGCCAGAGCAGGUACCCCGAGGACGCCACCAAGGUACGCAUAAUCCACACAUGUUCCAUCCCGUCGCUUCCCUUCAGUGCUGAUUGCUCGCCAUUCCAGAGACACAUAAUUUCCGCGCUCAGCAUCAUCCCCAUCCUGGCGCACACCGUGUUCGUAUGGUGUCUUUUCGCGCACCACUCCAACAGCUCGUACCCCGAGCGCGCGCGCACCCUUGGGCUAUACAGCAAGAUCGCCAGCACGAUCGUCCUCGCCGUCACCAUAAUCUACGUCUGCCUGUGGAACAUGCAGAGCUGCCCUGGGCUCCGCAGGCUCCUUUCUCUCCGCAUCGUCAUCGCUGCCAUCGUCGCAAACACGCUCGUCGUCGUAACGCUGUUCGCGUUGGUGGAAGCCCAGAAACGCAGGUACCAGGGCGAGGGAAGAACUCUGAAUAUUUACACGCUGGUUGUCAGCGUGCUGCUGUUCUUUGCCGCGGGAUAUGUGGCUAGCUACUGCCUCAGUGCAACACGCCGUGCUCGCGGUGCCGGAAGGAUUGUGUUGGUCUAGUUUGGGAAUGGUUGGAUUGUUGAUGGUACUCUGACUCUGGGGCAAUAUGAAUGGUCGGCUUGAAUACUGGGAUCGAGGAUAAAUGCUUUUUUGCAUCGGAAACGCCUUGUAAAGUAGGGUCAGAUGUGAAACGUGAAAUGCGGUUGGAAGUAUGGGAGUGUGCUACGAAAUAAGACCGGCAGUUAUGACUUUCCGCAACUUUUUUUUCUCUGCCGACACUCAAACAGUUGCUUUUCUCAAUCCAUUUGUAUGAUUCCCCUUGACUUCGUAGAGAAUGAUUACAUUUC